GAAGAAUGCACCACAGUGCAAGUUGCGAUGGAGCCACCACCACAAGAAUCUGAAGUGUCCUACACCGUCGACUUGCGCCGCGCUAGUCAGCUGGCCCACAUAUCCUACGAUGACCUUAUCGCGGGGAUUCAAACCAACGACGAGAUCACCUCGAUUCACGGUCUCUUGGUGGACAACAACGUUGAAAAUCCACAAAGCAUAUCCGCCCAAGCCGUACACACGUUAGCCACUGUAGGAUUGCCAUCUGACGAGCCCCGAAAGCCGCGCAGAAGUCUCAUCUUGACAACAUCCGAUCUUCCGUCACAAGACCCCCGCCGGUCAAGACGCCUAAACUCCGAGCCCUUCAACGGAUUCACUGUACCAGUCAAGCUUAUAUCACUUCCCUCCACGCGUGGUCUUAAAGAGGACGACCUGGAGUCCCAGCCACUGCUCGUUGCCCCCACCCCUCAUCCUCCCUCCGACACGACUUCCAAGUCCAUCGUUGAUCCAGGCACUGCGUUCUUGAUGUACGAUUUGCAUGCUCCCAAUCAGCUCGUGUUAGCUUUGCCUCACUGCACCGAGAACCCGUCGCCACCAUCACCUCAACGCUCUCUUGGGGAACUGCUUCGUCGUGCAUCUCGCCUUCCUUCCGACAUCAAAGACGUCAGCGUGGAAGCCAGCGUGGCUGUCGAGUCCAACCACGUGCAUCUGCAGCUCGCCGUCCACAAAACCGUACCAUGGCUCGGUUUUUCCAUUCUUAUCUUCGCCCUUAUCAGCGUCUCCGCCCAAGGCGCCGCCAUGCAAGCGUUGGUGGGCGUGCCCCCGCUGCUCAAAGUAGUCUGGCGAUUCUUUGGUGCCACGUGCGCGUACGUGGUUCUGGGCGUGGUCACGUCCGUCCUCAAUCGCAACCAAUUCCGUUGGUCGUCGCUAAAGCUGCUGUUGUCUCGCCGAGUGAUUUGGGAGAGUGUCGUGUGCACCGUAUCGUACGCGACCUUUGUAGGCACGUUUGUGUGGGCGCUGGACCAUACGUCGGUGAGCCACGCGUACAUUUUUUGCAACGCACACUCGUUACUGCUUGUGGUGGCAAAGUGGGUGACGGGGCAGCCAGUCGCCCCCCUUGAGACUGUGGGGGCGAUCAUGGGUAUCGUCGGGGGCGUCGUGACCACCGCCGAUGGGUCUGGCGGCGACGCCAGUAUGGCUGGAAGCAACGCCCCAUCGAUCGGAGGGGACCUCGUAGCCCUCGCCGGAGCGGUGGGAGGUGUCUUCUACCUCACGUAUGCGAAAUCGCUGCGAAGUCAGAUUGGCGUCGGCGUGUUUUGCUCCGUCGUGUUUACGGGGACGUGGGUCCUUGUGGCAUUGGCGAUGUGGCUGCUCCAGCUGGAUGACGUCCAACUGUCGAUGCAUCCGCAGCGAGGCUUCUUUGGCUGGGUCCACCACUUGGAAGUGGAGUUUGUGCUCGUGGUCGUGGUUACGCUGUGUGGCUCCAUGGGCUUUGUAAGCGCUAUGAAGUACUUCCCCGCAUUGGUCGUUUCUGUGACGAUGCUACUGGAACCCGUCGUGGCCACUGCUAUCUGCCUUGCACUGGGAAUGGCCCCCGUCCCUGGGUGGCUCACCUUUGUAGGCGGAUUCGGGGUCAUCGUCGGCACAGUCCUCGUGAUUGCAAGUGCACGCGAGUCCACCGAGACGGUGAACGUUACUGAUGCCGUAGAUCAAGCACAUGCUCUUUCAUAUGACGCUACCGUUUGCAAAGGCAGCGUGCAGUAGCAGUCUCAAACACCUUAUGCACCACCAAGCAACGUCAGUUCAUAACAUAACGAUGAUAAUGUAUUUUCUCCAUUUCAA